AUGCAUGCUGUGACGAGCGCAGCCGCCACAGCUUCAAACCGGCUCACUGCGAUGACCACAGCGGCCAGGCGAUAUCUUCCUUUCCGGAAAGAAGACGAAGACGAAACACUGCAUUUUGCCCAUCAUGAGGAGAGAACCGAAAUGACGGUGUUUGAAAACGGCACGGACGGCGCAACAACGAAAGAUGAAAACAGCGCCGAGAAGGGGUUGGAAAUGAACGGCGCCUUGCCACACAAGGGAUGGGUGACGAAAACGGAAGGAAGCAACGAACCUAUCGCGCACAGAAACAUAACCAGCUGGGACGCUGGCUGGAAUGUUACAAAUGCUAUACAGGGCAUGUUCAUCGUGGCAUUUCCGUACUCCGUUCUGCAUGGAGGAUACUGGGCAAUAGUCGUCAUUGUCGGAAUCGCGUAUAUCUGCUGUUGGACUGGCAAGAUAUUGGUGUACUGUCUAUAUGAAGAGGACAAACAGACAGGGGAGAAGAUACGCGUGCGCAAGACCUACGUUGAGAUAGCUGAAGAGGUGUGGGGGAAACGUCGCGGUGCACAAGUCGUGUAUGCCGCACAGUUUGUGGAGCUAAUCAUGACUUGUAUCCUGUAUUUAGUUCUAUGUGGCGACCUGCUGUCGAACAGCUUCAAAUAUUCUGGUAUAUCAGCGAGCACGUGGACAAUCAUAUCGUCUGCGUUUCUGGUGCCGUGUGCAUUUCUGCGCAAUUUGAAAUCUGUUUCCCGCCUAAGUUUUGGUUGCACAGUGGCUCACAUCUUUAUCAAUAUCAUCAUAAUCGGCUAUUGCGUUACCCAAAUACCUCACUGGCAAUGGGGUGAGGUCCGUCUGUUGGUUGACAUCCAUUACUUUCCAAUAGUGCUUGGCAUCGUCGUUUUUAGCUACACGUCACAGAUUUUCUUACCCAGCCUAGAAGGAAACAUGGAAGAUAAGCACAAUUUUAACAAAAUGAUGCACUGGACGCACGGACUAGCUGGCCUCUUCAAGGCCCUCUUUGGGUACGUUGGUUUUCUCACCUGGGGGUGGGCAACGAAAGAAGUCAUCACAGACAACUUACCAAGUGACGUGUUUCGCGCUAUUGUUAACAUAUUCCUAGUGGUCAAGGCGUUGCUCUCAUAUCCACUGCCCUACUUUGCCUCCGUCGAACUCAUUGAAAGACACUUCUUCCAGGGACGUCCGGCGACUUUCUUCCCAACGUGCUAUGCACUGGACGGCGGACUUACUGUAUGGGGUGUAUUUCUCCGCUGUGUGUUAGUUGUAUUUACUUUACUAUUAGCAAUCUAUGUUCCACACUUCGCACUGCUUAUGGGUCUUAUAGGUAGUUUUACGGGGACUAUGCUAUCAUUUAUAUGGCCAUGCUGGUUUCAUUUGAAACUCAAGUGGCACUCAAUACCAUGGUAUCAAAAAAUGUUCGAUUUUAUAAUAAUACUUACAGGUUUAGUGUGUGGAACCAUAGGUAUUAUUUAUGCAAGUCAAGCCUUAGUCGAAGCUUACCAAACAAACAUUACGACAGGUUUCUAA